AUGACGGACCAAUGGCUUCAAGUAACUUCCAGGCCUCUGAGAGAGCCGAGUUGCGCAGAUGAUGAGGAAGGCGACGCAUACCCGAGCAUUCCUCCCAGCAGCUGCAAUCAUGAAACCACAGCUCAAAAGGCAAAGGGGGUAGAUCUCGGGUUUAUGUCCCUCGGAUCGUCGCCGACGGGCUCAUCGUCCGAUUUGAUAGGAAACGGCCCAUCUCGAAGCAAGACGCAUAAGGCCUUGGAUCUCUGGCAAUGGCUCCGAACCCCGCUCGGAAUCCUAGUCACACUGUAUGGACUCAAUGUUAUCGCCUGGGGAGGGAUGCUUUUCCUCCUUCUCUGCAACGCUGCCCCCGCCAUGUGCGAUCCCUCCUGCAACGACCCGAACUCACCGCGACGAAAGUGGAUUGAAAUCGACUCCCAGAUUCUCAAUGCAUUGUUCUGCAUUCCCGGGUUUGGUCUGGCUCCCUGGCGCAUGAGGGACCUCUACCUUUGGAUCCGCUGGCGGAUUGCAAAAGACGACGCUGCGUUUGCUCGUCUACGCCAUACGCACCGUGCCUGGUUUGAUUGUGCGCCCGAGGAGAUGAAUCGCAAAGGUGCUGGUAGCGCACAGGAAACCGUGGAUAUCUCAGGAUACUCGGUCUCGACCUCGACCCCGCUCUGGAAAAUGAGCAUGGUGGUGUGGUGCAAUACCUUGAACACGGUGUUCCAGGCCUGCUUGGCGGGCUGUAUGUGGGGUAUGAACAGAUUCACUCGCCCAAGUUGGACCACGGGUCUGUUUGUCGCGGCAGCUUGUAUCUGUGCUGGCUUGGGGGGUUGGAUAAUGUAUAAAGAAGGACAGAGGAGAAAGAAAAAGCAGCAGAGCCCAGUUUGA